AUGUCGGUUGACGAGAACAAGAUUGCCGUACAACACGUCGAGGACUUCGACAAGGAGCAUCAUGUCCAGACUGAAUUCGAAGACCUCCCAGAGUCUCUGCGUGAGCUUAGCACGCAUGAGUUGACCAAGAUGGGCAAAUGGACGACUAUGAAAAUGGACCUCAUCAUCAUGCCCGCCUUGACUAUUCUCUACAUCUUAAACUAUCUGGACCGUCAGAACAUCGCUGCCAGUAAGUUGGCCAACAUAAUGGUCGACUUGGACAUGUCUGUCCAACAGUACAACACAUGCGUGUCAAUUCUGUUCGUAGGAUACAUCCUCAUGCAAAUACCCUCCAACUUGGUGCUCAGUAAGAUUCAAUGGCCAGCUGUGUGGAUAUGUAGUGCUGUCGUGGGAUGGGGUGCAGUCUCAGCAGCUACUGCCGCAGUGCACUCAUUCGGCGGUCUGCUUGCCUGUCGUUUCAUGCUUGGGUUCGUUGAGGCUGUAUUCUUCCCCGGAGCUUUCUACUACUUGUCCAUGUUUUACAACAGAAAGCAGAUUGCUCUCCGUACUGCUAUACUUUAUUCUGGUUCUCAGCUCGGUAAUGCUUUCGGAACACUGCUGGCGAUUGGCAUACUUGAGCUCGACGGUCACGCCGGAUUGGAAGGCUGGAGAUGGCUCUUCCUGAUUGAAGGUGUCAUCACGAUAGGCAUAGCACUGGCUUUUGUCACCUAUCUUCCGAACUCCAACAAGAAGAUCUGGACCUUUUCGCAACAACAGCUUGACUGGCUGAAGUGGAACUAUGAAAGAGAUCAAAAGCAGCAAGACGAAUCGAACGAGGUCACAGCAUUACAAGGCUUCUUGCUUGCGGUCAAGGACCCUAAGACCUGGCUCAUGUGCGGCACCCUUUACGCUACGUAUACUGCAGCUGCAGUCAACAAUUUCUUCCCCACCGUUGUUGGUGGUCUUGGGUUUGGCCGAAACAUGACAUAUGUACUGACUGCGCCGCCAUUCAUUCUCUGUGUGGUGGCAAUGCUAUGUAACGGCUUCCACAGCGAUAAGAUGGGAGAACGCUAUCUGCACAUUGCUUUGCCCUUGACGAUUACGGUCGUGGCAAACAUCAUUGCCGUCAGCACGCUUAAUGUCGGUGCACGUUACUUCGCGAUGUGCCUGAUGCCAUUGUCCUUCUACAGCUCUGCCAUUUGCCAGCUCUCGUGGAUUUCAGGCUCACUAUCACAACCGGCAGUCAAACGUGCGGCUUCAAUUGCCAUCAUCAACGCUAUUUGCAACACUCCCAACAUCUGGACCAGCUAUCUCUACUACGACUCUCCUCGAUAUGUGGCUGCUUUUUCGGUGAAUCUGGGCGCUGCAGUUGUGGCUUUCCUGAGCGCUACUGCCAGUUACUUUUAUUUGAGGAGGCAGAAUCAGAGAUUGGACCAGGGGAAGCCGAUGGGUAGUUCCGGACCUACUCCUGUGCAGCAGGCGAACGGCUUCAGAUAUAUGUUGUGAUCUAGCUGAAGAUUUGCAAUCCUCAUCCAUCGUCAUCUCAAUAUGGAAAUUUAGCUAAGCGACUCAUUAUGUACAACACGCCUAGUAUUCGAGCUAUUUGCCCGUGCCGUCGAUUUCAUACCUCCCAUUGUUCCAGUCCGCCUCGUAUGCAUGCGUCGUGGGACCUGCGUUUUGCGGUACAUGGUAUGGUUGUUGAGGCGACAUGACAGCGUUCGAGCUAGGUGCGUAGGUAUCUUGCUUGAGGGAUUGCAUCUCUUUCUUCAAGUUCUUGACUUUUCUCAUCAUCCAGAGCAUUCCGACCAGUGCGAUGAUGCAAGCGAC